AGGCACAAGCCAACCACUGUUGCGGACAAUAUGAACACCUACGCUACGCCGCAGCGAUACGAGAUCCUCGAUUCCGAGGGUUACGGUUCUGCCAGCAGCCCCGAAUCAACGAAUCCGCGAAGCUGUUGGCCGGCCCCGGAAUCUCUGAUACUCGGCUACCCGCAGCCACCGAGAUCCAGAGGAAGCAGCUGCGACAGCGUCAGUUCGGUCGACAGUCGUAAUCACGAGUACCAGGAGCUGACCGCCUUUACGGUUGGCGAUAAUUUCCCGGGAAAUCCGUCGUUAUGCGGUCCGGCGAGUUUCGAGGCGAACUGCGCGAGCAGCCUCGCCGAGAUCAGUUUGUACAAGGGUUACAAUCCCAGCCGUCAGAACGAUUAUUGCAGAGGGAUCGGUAACGGAAAAUCCGGAAAUCAAAGCCAGCAGCAGGAUUUUCAAGAAAACAUCGGGAGCUUUUCGUCCCGAGGAAAUUUUCCCGGUUGCGGUGAAGCUCAGUUUCAAAAAUCCGAUAACGUUUACCUCGCUCUCGACGGUUUGUACAACAAUAACAACAACAACACCAGCAACAACAACAACAACAUCGACAACGCUUCGAGGACCGUGACGACGUUGACUGCAACCGCGUCAUCCUACACCGGUGGUAUCGUCAAGUGUGCGGGGGAACAGUUUUCGCAAAAAAUCGGUACCGCGGUUUACGGUAGCAAUUUCGGACGAAGUUCAGACGGCUUGUUAUACGCGGGUAUCGAGACUCGCGUUCACGAUCAGAUCCAGUGCGCGGACUUGAACAAUUCGAGCUCGAAAACUUCGGAAAGCGAAGCUGUUGAACCGUCGAUGAAAAUCGGCGACCAUCGUCGCCAUCACCGUAAUCAUAAUCAUAAUCACAAUCACAAUCAUAAUCAUAAUCAUCACCCGCACGAGCAGUUCUCGACAACGAGAUACGAGGACGGUGAUUUUCGCAUCGAAUUCGAGGACGACGAGCUUAACGAGAAGGACAAUUUGCAUAAAGUUAAGUCCGGCGCGCCGGGAGUCGAGGUAUUGAAAAAACGACGCCUAGCCGCGAACGCGAGGGAGAGAAGGAGGAUGAACAGUUUAAACGACGCGUUUGACAGACUUAGGGACGUUGUGCCCAGUCUGGGUAACGACAGGAAACUCAGCAAGUUCGAAACCCUGCAAAUGGCUCAGACCUACAUAUCGGCCCUCUACGAAUUACUUCAGCGCGAAUAGACGCGUUGAAUUCGUAAUUUUUCUGAUAAGAGUAA